AUGUUUUGGAGGCCUCAAUCCACCGAGAAGAGCCAUGUCGAGCCGGGUGCGGGAGACAGCUCGGCCGACAAUCACGACGACGAGAUAGCAAACACGCCCUUUAACACAUAUGGAUCGCAUCAUGACGUUGGCGAAACUAGCCUUAUUGACCCCGACUCUGGAGUCAAAAGAGGUCUUGAGAACAGGCACCUGUCAAUGAUGGCCUUGGCUGGUAUCAUUGGCCCCGGUCUGUUGGUAGGCGCUGGUGGCGCCCUGAAUAACGGCGGACCGGCUUCGUUACUUAUUGGGUUUGGAGUUAUUGGCAUCAUUGCCUUUGCAAUCAUGCAGUCCCUCGGGGAGGUAACAACGCUGUUCCCAGGGGGUGGCUCAUUUGUUUCGCUGGCCGAGCGCAUGGUUGACAAGUCUUUCUCCGUUGCUGUGGGCUGGAAUUACUUCAUUAUCUGGGCCGCCGUACUGGCCAACGAAUAUAAUGUCAUCUGCGGCAUCCUUACAUAUUGGACUCCCCAUGUCCCAUUAUGGGGCUUCUUUCUCAUUCUUUGGUCUCUUUUCACUGCUUUCCAGCUUCUGGGCGUGGAAGCCUUUGGUGAAGCUGAGUUCUGGUUGGCUCUAUUUAAGAUCCUGGGUCUGAGUGCAUACUUCAUCUUCUCGAUCGUGUAUGCCGCUGGCGGGUUGAUUGGUCAAACAGAUUCGUUGGGGUUCAGGUAUUGGCACGACCCUGGCGCCUUCAAUGGAAAUGGAUUUCGAGGAGUGGCAGUCGUCUUUGUCUUCUGCUCCACGUUCUAUGCUGGUAUAGAAUCUGUCGCUGUUGCCGCAACAGAAACAAGAAAUCCCGGUGUUGCCGUCCCGCAGGCAAUUCGUCAGGUGUUUUGGAGAAUCAUCUUCGUCUACAUGGGAUCAGCACUUUUCUUCGGAAUCACUUGCCCGGCCGAUGCAGAUGGCCUCAUCAAUGGUGGCGCCAAAGCUCUGCAGAGUCCCAUGACAAUCGCAAUUCAAAUCGCGGGAUGGAAUGGAGGCAAGCUAACCCCGCUGAAUGAUUCCAUCAAUUCGUCAAUUUAUAUCGGAUCGCGCACCGUCCUAUACAUGGCACAGUCUGGUAAGGCUCCGAAGUUCUUGGGUCGGACCAAUAAACGAGGAGUGCCUGUCUGGGCAAUUGUGCUCACCAACGCCGUUGGCUCUAUAUCCAUGAUGAACGUUUCCACUGGCGCAUCCAAGGCAUACGGAUACAUUGUUAACCUUUCAGGUGUCAGCACGUUUCUGGUAUGGGGUAGUAUCAGCUUUAUCCAUAUCCGCUUUCGGCGAGCCUGGAUCGCUCAGAAUCGGAACUUGAAUGGCAUUCCAUUCAAAAGUAUGUUUUAUCCAUUCCUCGCAUAUUUUGGCCUGGUCGCCAAUGUAUUCCUUGCCGUGGUUCAGGGAUGGACGACGCUGUCACCUUUCAAUGCUAGCAAUUUUGUCGACGCGUAUAUCCUCUUGCCGCUCUUUGGUUUCAUAUAUCUCGUGGGGAAGCUGUACUGGGGAAGUAGCGACCAACUGAAGCGCAGUUGGGACAUUGACCUCGACAGUGGCAGAAGAACAGAUUUGGAUGAUAAAGGCAUCAUGCCUGAGGAGGAACCUUGUGUCGGAAGCAGCAAAGCUUCCACUUGGAGAAGAGCAUGGAAUUUGCUUUGA